AUGAGCGCCAACACGAACCAAGUAGACCCCCUCCAGCAUCCGCUGAGAGCCGGAGCCAUGGCAAUUGGGGCAGGGGUGCAAGGUGAACGUCGAGCUCCUCGCAUGAGCCAUAUGCAAAGCGCCAAUGAGGGCCCGGCCGACAUCAUUGGCAAGGUGUCUGGGGCCGUUCCUGGUGGUAAGCGGGAAGACGAUGGCGCGUACUUUACCAACAAUGAAGGCAUACCUUUUCCCGACCCUGCGCACAGCAAGACCAUCGGUGGUCUUCCGCUUGCAAGCGAUGUGUUUCUAUUCCAGAAGCAGCAACACUUCAACCGAUCCAAGCCCCUUGAACGCAUGGUGCACCCCUGCGGCUCCGGGGCUUUUGGCUAUUUCGAAUGCACCAAGGAUGUCGCCGGACUGACGAAAGCCGACUUUCUUUCCACAGUCGGCGAGAAGACGCCAGUAUUUGUUCGCUUUUCGACUGUCACCUUGGGACGUGAGUUUCCCGAUGAGGCUCGUAACCCCCGCGGGUUUGCCAUCAAGUUCUACACCAUGGAGGGCAACUAUGACAUUGUUGGACUAAACUUUCCCGUCUUCUUCUGCCGAGACCCUAUCCAGGGCCCGGAUGUCAUCCGCUCGCAGUACCGCAACCCGAAGAACUUCUUCUUCGACUGGGAUGCCCUCUUCGACCUGCUUGCCAACACCCCCGAGAGUAACCAUGCUGGCCUCAUGUUCUUCAGUGAUCACGGCACGCCUGUCGGCUGGCGUUUCAACCACGGCUACGGCUGCCACACCUUCAAGUGGGUGAACAAAGAGGGGAAAUUCGUGUACAUCAAGUACCACUUCCUGGCCAAGCACGGACAGAAGCAGUUUACCGACCCGGAGGCGGUAAAAAUGUGCGGUGAGGACCCAGACUAUUCCAAGCGGGACCUCUGGGAUGCCAUCGAAAACGGCGAGGAGAUUGAAUGGACUGCACACGUGCAGGUCAUGCAGCCCCAGGACGCGGACCCCAAUUCGCUCGGAUUCGACCCCUUUGACGUGACCAAGAUCUGGCCGAGAGAUCGUUUCCCCAUGCAAGAGUUCGGUCGCCUUGUGCUCAACAAGAACCCCGAGAACUUCCACCGCGACGUGGAGCAGGCCGCCUUCUCUCCCGGCAGCAUGGUCCCAGGCAUCGAGGACUCUCCCGACCCGCUGCUGCAGUUCCGCAUGUUCUUCUACCGCGACGCCCAGUACCACCGCAUCGGCGUGAAUCUGCACCAGAUCCCGGUCAACUGUCCCUUCAUGGCCAAGUCGUAUGCUUCCCUGAACUUUGACGGGCCGAUGCGGACGGACGCCAACCACGCCGGUAAUAAGCAAUACGCGCCCAACAGCUUCACGCACAAGUUCCGACCCGACACGGCCGAGGCGCCGUACGCCGUGAACGACAACAUCGUCAGCCGCAAGAGCCAUUACUGGCACGAGGGCCAGAAGAACGACUACGACCAGGCGACGCAGCUCUGGAGCAAGGUCAUGAAUGACAAACAGAGAAAGAACACGGCUUACAAUACAGCCAAGUAUUUGAAGUUUGUCAAGUACCCCGAGAUUCAGACAAAGUACCUUGCGCAGCUGUAUAAUAUUGCCGCAGACUACGCUCAGAGUGUCUACGAUCUCUUGCCCGACCCGAAGUUUAGUUUCGAGGAAGUCAAGGAGCGCUCUGUGGAUGCGCACCUUUGGUACAAGGAAGCGAAAUUCAGGCCGAGCGCUGGUUCAAAGUUGGCCGGGUUCCCGCCGUCUUUCCCCGUAUACGGCUAA